ACACACACCUGAGCGAGGUUAUUCUCUAUUGCCAGGAUAUUGGUUAAGUCUGUCAUAAAUUCUGCCUUAUCACAGCGGAAAGAAUAGUAUACAAGACUUCGCUCUUUUUGAAGCUUUUGCUAGUGCAAUGUGUUGUUUUUGGUGUAUCAUAGCUAUUGCAGUUGGCUUUCUAUACAUUUUAUUCGACGUGAAUUAUUUCAUACGACUGGCAUUUACAAUCAUUUGGGGCCGGCUAUUUCAGAAAAAGAAGAACAUAGAAGAAAUUACAGAAAUUUAUGGAAUAGCUACAACAGCUGACGUGGGUAUUGUCUUCAAUCACAUGAACAACGCCAGAUAUUGUAGAGAGUUAGAUUUUGCAAGGUUCCAUUUCUUCGACAGAACAGGACUUCAUGAUGAGGUUAGCAGCGCUAAAGCCAUCCUGUUACAAGCUGCCUCAAAUAUAAGAUAUAGAAGAAUGAUUUCUACGUUUACCCCCUACAAAAUAACAACACAGAUCAUUGCAUGGGACGAAAAGGCACUGUACUUCGAGCAACGUUUCAUCACAUUCGACGGCUUCGUAAGGGCUACAGUUUUAAGCAAACAAGCAAGCGUCGGACUUGAUGUACCAAAAGUUAUGGCCAAGCUCACUGGAAAGGAUAUCUCGUACCGACCAGUCCCACCACCAGAACUGGAGGAUUGGCUCAAAUCUAUGGAGAAAUCAAGCCUAAGGUUGAGGAAGAAAGACUGAGUUAAAAAAUAAGUUGUGUUUUAGAAUGCGUGUUUCAUAUUUAAUAAAAUAUAUGUUGUUAAGAACA